AUGCUAGGAUCUAUAGCCAUCAAUGGCGUUUCUCGGUUCAUGUGCUCUACGAGACAUGGGGUAUGGACUUCAGCAAUAGGUUUUGCCUGUAGCGUGCGGGACUCAACUAGGUAUUUCGUCAUAGCUGCUAUAUCUCACGUACGUAAGACUCAGUAUACUAGGCGAUGUCCGAGGCGGAGUAUGCUAAUAAACCAGACCAUUGAAGCCAAGGCCAGGGCUCUCCAUGAGCACAUCUUCUCUAAGCCAGAGGAUACUUAUGCCGGCAAGCCCUGGGAUGUGGUGAAAGCUAUCAACGACUUUGCGGACGAAAGCCGCAUGAUGACCUUCAAGAAUGCCAAGAUCGAAGCUUCCAGGCAGCAAAUAGCAAAGAUCCAGCCAGCCCCUAAGACCUUUAUCGAAUUUGGUGGAUAUGUUGGGGCCUCAGCCAUCGCCUGGGGUGCUAUUCUGCGUGAACUCAACAAUACAGAUAGUGCAGUUGACGUCAAUGUAUACACAUUUGAGCUGAGCCCGGUCAACGCUGGUAUUGCACGGGAUCUCAUUCGGCUAGCCGGCUUGGAGAACACCGUGCAUGUUCUCGAAGGACCAGCUGCAGACUCGCUGAAGCGGUUAUUCGAAGAGGGGAAGUUGAAGGAGGCGGGCGUGGAUGUAGCCUUUUUCGACCACUGGGAGCAGUUCUACCUCCCGGAUCUGCAGCUUUGCGAGGAUCUAGGCUUGUUCAGGAAGGGCUCCAAAGUCAUUGCUGAUAACACGGAUUUCCCGGGUGCACCUGCCUACCUUGAGUAUGUGAAAUCUGGUGGGCGGCAAGGCGGGUCUUAUCGUUAUGAGACUGAGUCUAUUGAGACUGCCUCGAACUGUGGUCCUGUGAGUUCCCCCUACCUAUACCUGAAUAUUUGCGUGGUUGUUGGUACUGAUUGUUUUUCAGAGCAUCGUCGAGUUCUGUAUUUGAUAUGGCAUUCUCUUCAUGACGAGAUAUCGCGGCCAGCUCCAUUGUUCCCAUCAGCGGUUAAGGCUCAUUGCCGCCAUGUCAAGCAGGUGACACAUUGA